GUCUCCCGCAGGCGCUGGUUAUCAUUUGCUCCAGUGGGCCGCUAUCGCCUCUCUCCUAAUUGGCUAGCCUGUGAUGGCUGCUAAGUUACCCGCUGCUUCGCCCUUUUCAUUCUAAAGAAAAAUAAACAGUGACGUUUUGUGUUCUGAUUGGCGAAUUAUGAUAAGCACGUGGCUCCGUAUUACUCGCAGAACUACAACUCCCAGAAUCCAACGGGACUCCCAGACUGGAGCUGUGGAUCAGUGCCUCUUACAAGCAAGUUCCUUCAAGUCUCAGGGUAAUAAGUGUUACACAGAGCACCGUAUGCGGCAGGCAGUUAGUCUGUACCAUAAAGCUUUGCUUCAGCUUCGCAGCCUAGAUGCUAGUCUCUAUUCUCCGCUGCCUGGAGUGGGUCCUACAGCUGUUAAGCUGAAUUCUCAGCAGGCUGAGGAACUGAAAACACUACAGGCUGAUUGCUACAACAAUUUAGCGGCUUGCCUUUUGCAGUCUCAGCCUCCUCGCUAUCAGCGUGUCUAUGAAUGUAGUUUGCAGGUUCUAAGUCUGCAGCCUGAGAAUGUCAAAGCCUUGUACAGAGCCGGGGUUUCAAGCUAUCACCUCAAAGACUACACUAAUGCUCAUCAUUACCUGUCACAGGCGGCCUCUAGAGCACCCAAAGAUGGCAACAUCAAGCGUUAUGUUCAGCUCACAGACACAGCCCUCAGCACUUUCAGAGAAGAGGAGAAACAGAGAUAUCAGGGGAUGUUUGGAUAAUAUGCAAUAAGUUCCUAUUCCCACAGUAUGCAAAAUAAAUUGAAUAAAAUCUCCUUUUUUUUUGUACA